AUGGCGGACAAGUUAAUAAGCGCAGAGGAAGUUGUGAAGCACAACACCCCAGAUAGCUGCUGGGUGGUGCUGUACGGCCAUGUAUACGACGUGACGGAUUUUCUGUCCUCCCAUCCUGGAGGCUCGAAGGUUAUUUUGCAGCUAGCAGGUAGAGAUGCCACCGAGGAGUAUGAUCCUAUUCACCCCCCGGGGACCCUGGAGGAGAACCUUAAGCCAGAAGCGAAGCUUGGGAAGAUAGAUCCUCAGACUCUUGUCAACACCACCAAGCCAGCAGCGAAGGAGGAGAGAAAGCCAGAAGAGGAACCUCCACUGGAGAGUCUCCUGAACCUCGACGAGAUUGAGGAAUUGGCCCACAAGAAAAUUCCACAGAAGGCCUGGGCCUACUACUAUUCAUCCAGUGACGAUAAGUUCUCUAAGGGCUACAACAACCAAGUCUACCGGAAUAUCUUGCUGAGGCCAAGGGUCUUCCUGGACUGCACGAAAUGCGAUUCGUCCACAACACUGCUUGGCCAUAAGGUCGGCUUGCCAUUGUUCGUGGCGCCAGCUGCAAUGGCGAGGUUAGGACAUCCCGACGGUGAAGCAGGUAUCGCGCGAGCAGCCAGCAAAUUUGGGGCAAUGCAAAUCAUAUCAAACAAUGCAUCAAUGACCCCGGAGCAGAUUGUGGCGGACGCACAACCAGGACAGGUGUUUGGUUGGCAGCUUUACGUGCAGAACGAUCGCAAGAAGAGCGAGGCGAUGUUGGCACGAAUCAACAAGAUGUCAGACAAGUUCAAGUUCAUCUGCCUGACUCUGGACGCCCCAGUUCCAGGAAAACGCGAGCUCGACGAAAAACAGAAUUUCCUCAACGCGACACCCGUCGCGGCGGCGGCGAAGACCGCGGACGAGCCGAGUCGACCUGGCGGAGGAGGAGUCGGCCAGCAACUAUUCUGGGGCACGGCGGCCGACCUGACAUGGAAGAUCACGUUGCCGUGGUUAGCGAAACACACCAAAUUGCCCAUUGUCCUGAAGGGCCUGCAGACUCAUGAGGAUGCGUAUAUCGCUGCGAAGUAUGCUCCUCAAGUCAAGGCAGUCAUUCUGUCUAACCACGGCGGUCGAGCCCUUGAUACAGCGCCGCCAGCGAUUCACACCCUCCUUGAGAUCAGGAAGUACUGUCCCGAGGUCCUGGAUAAGAUUGAGGUAUGGGUGGACGGCGGUAUUAAGCGCGGCACAGACAUAGUGAAAGCGCUGUGCCUAGGCGCCAAAGGCGUAGGCGUCGGCAGGGCUGCUCUCUUCGGAUUAGGCGCUGGAGGCCAGCAAGGAGUCGAGCGGACGUUCGAAAUCCUGAAGGGCGAGAUGGAAACCUGCAUGAGGCUUCUCGGCGCACCAGAUGUCAGUGCGCUUGGCCCACGCAAUAUUAACACUCGGAUGGUGGAGAGAGACAUAUAUGAUGGAGAAGCGGGAUUGGAUAGGGAUGGCUUGUGGGAACCGAAAGCGAAGUUGUAA